GCGGCGGGGCCCCUCCCUUGGCGGGGGCGCGCGGCGCGGAAGACCGCUCGGAAAGGGGGAAGUCAGGUGGCCGCUGCUGCCACCAGCGCCACGGUCUGUCGCCAGAAGGAAGAUGGCGGAUCUGGAGGAGCAGUUGUCCGAUGAGGAGAAGGUUCGUAUAGCAGCAAAAUUCAUCAUUCACGCCCCUCCUGGAGAAUUUAAUGAGGUUUUUAAUGAUGUUCGAUUAUUGCUUAAUAAUGAUAAUCUUCUCAGGGAAGGAGCCGCACAUGCAUUUGCACAGUAUAACCUGGACCAGUUUACACCAGUAAAAAUUGAAGGCUAUGAAGAUCAGGUUUUGAUAACAGAACAUGGAGACUUGGGAAAUGGAAAAUUUUUGGAUCCAAAAAACAGAAUCUGUUUCAAAUUUGAUCAUUUAAGAAAGGAAGCAACUGAUCCAAGGCCCUACGAAGCAGAAAAUGCCAUUGAAUCCUGGAGAACUUCAGUAGAAACUGCACUGCGAGCUUAUGUAAAAGAGCAUUAUCCGAAUGGGGUCUGCACUGUGUAUGGCAAAAAAGUAGAUGGGCAGCAAACCAUUAUUGCAUGCAUAGAAAGCCAUCAGUUUCAAGCAAAAAACUUUUGGAAUGGUCGUUGGAGGUCAGAGUGGAAGUUUACAGUCACUCCUUCCACCACACAGGUGGUUGGCAUUUUGAAAAUUCAGGUUCAUUAUUAUGAAGAUGGUAAUGUUCAGCUAGUGAGUCAUAAAGAUAUACAAGAUUCCCUCACAGUAUCUAAUGAGGUGCAAACAGCAAAAGAAUUUAUAAAGAUUGUAGAAGCUGCAGAAAAUGAAUACCAGACUGCCAUCAGUGAGAAUUAUCAGACGAUGUCGGACACUACCUUCAAAGCCUUACGUCGACAGUUGCCAGUGACACGUACUAAGAUCGACUGGAACAAGAUCCUUAGCUACAAGAUUGGCAAAGAGAUGCAGAAUGCAUAAAUGAAAAUUGCAUGAGCAGAUUGUUUUAGUGUCUUCGCGUUACAAAAAUUAUUGCAAAAGUAUUCUGAGCUGACAGCUGCCCAGUGAGGUGGGCUGUUGCAUCUAAGAUCACUGUAAUUAAGUAGUGUGGUUAGAGCACAGAGCUUAGCUAAUAACCUGUUCCAUUUCCUUUGUUCAGAGGGUUGGACAUGAGUUUAGAUAAGUAUCUUACUCUGUUCCUCCUUUCGAAGUCUCUCUCUCUCUCUCUUUCUUUCUCUCUCUCUCUGUUCCUUCUCCUACAAUGAAGAGGUGAUCCCUCUGGGUCAUGUCUAAAGGGUUUGAAAUAUCUCAAAAGUACCUUCUUUACUGUAACCCUGAAGUUGUCUUUGGCUUGUGAAAGGGGCAGCUUUUGAUGUUAGCCCAGGUAGUUUUAGUGGGGUCAGUCAGUAAUGGGCACUCUAGUUAAGGUGGUUGAUGGACUUAGCCAUGUAUGCUGCUAAAGAAAUUGUCUACCUUUUCCUUUCACCUCUUCCAGCAUGGAAGAUGGAGAUUAGAGGGAGAGCAUUUUCUAACGAGUUACGUUAAACCUUCUCAGCAAGGUUAUUUAGCUAGCUUAGUGUCUAACUAAACUUUUUUAAAACAAGGCCAAGGUCUGUUGCUGUUUUGAGAUUCUGAAAUUAAAUGAGAAUACUUAUUUCAGAAAUGCAUUUAAUGCUUUUUUCUUGUGACAGUUAUGCAAAUUAGCUUGAAUUCCAUAUGUUCCUGAGUUAUUUUUAUCACAAAGCCACAAGUGUAUUAUAAGGCAGAUUGUAAUAUAUAUAUAAUCCUGAACUCAUGAACAUGUCUCAGUUGAUUCUCCCUCCCCUUGGAUUGGAAACUGAAUAUCAGUGUGACAUUAAAAUGGCAACAUUUGGUAUUUAUUUGAGUAAAAAAAAAAUCACCAGUGAAUCAUACACUAUUUUAAAAUACUUUCUUUGUAUAUUGUCAUUCUUAACAAGUUGUAAAUUAGAAAAUUUGGGAGUCCACAUGGUAUGCAACUGCAUCUUUUGUUCUCCAUUUUCCUAUGCAUCAUAAGCAUGUUUGUAAUACUUUAAAAAUAUAUCUACUGCCACCACAGGAAUUCACGCCUCGGUGAAUGUUAGCGUUUACUGUAAGGAGUUGGUGGAUUUGUGGUUUCAUUCAGUAGCUCUGCUGCUUAUACUCGAGUGGAAUCCAUUCCUCACGUACUCCUGCAGACAUCUGGGCCUGGAAUUUUUUUUUUUUUAAACACCACUUUUACUAUGUAUAAUAAAAUAUUUCAUUAGCUUGAAUUGUAUAGAUUUUUAAAAAUUCAAUAAGAGCAUGUUGUUUAAUUUCUUUUUAAAAUCACUGUUGGGCUUUGAAAGCAUUGCAAAUAUAUGACAUUGUGACAGUUUUGGCUAAUUUCCUCUUUAGCUUUUAGUCUUGGCAUCAGGAUUUUUAAGGAAAAUGAACUGAUAACAUUAAUUCUAUGUCUAGAUUUUUAAAACACGUACUUAAAUUUUGAUGAUUCUGAAGUAAAUACUAAAUAAGUAACUAA